AAAAAAAAGAAAAGAAAAAGAAUGUUUCCAACUACUACUACUGCUACUAUGAUGAUCAUCGUUAUAUUGAUAUUGAUGAUGAAUCCAAUGAUGAUACAAGCACAAAAAAAUGAUCCAUCAUUUAUGCCAAACAUUAUGCCAAUUACAAAUACAGUUAAUCGUACCGGUGUACAUCGUGUUUAUUGUUCAGCUAAUCAACAAGUAUUAAGUCAAACAACAACAUUUGCUGUUGUUAAUAAUCGUCUUUAUCAAUUUCAAUAUGAUAUGAGUGUUAUUAUAUUUGAAGAUUUAGAUGCAUGUUAUAAUGAUGAUCAGCAACGUUUUUUUCUUGAUGUCGGUACACGUUAUGAAUUGAUGGAUGAAUGGAAACACAUGUUACAAGUAAAUUUAGAUUAUUAUGGACGUUAUAAUUUUAUAUUGAAAAAUGUACCAGAUGAACGUAGUUGGCGUAUUACAAUGGCAAUGGUAACAAAUUCAUUAUAUGGUGCUGGAUUUUUUUCAUAUCUUGGAUUUUCAAGAUAUUUUUAUCUAUUAUAUGUUGAAUGGGAUAAAAAACCACCAGCAACUAGUACUGAUGUUGCACAAACACAGCAUAUUGUUUUAUUAAAUUAUUCAAUUAUAAUAUCAAUAUCGGCUGAAACACAAUAUUAUGCAUUAGUUUUGAUAAAUAAUCUUGGUGAAGAUAAUGUAUAUAUUUAUCAACAAUUAGUUAAUGAUCGUACAAUGCCAAGAGGUAUAUUCUGUGAAAGUGAAACUGGUGAAACAUUUUUUCAUCAACGCAAACCAAAAGAUAAUUGUCAAACAAGUGCACAAUUAUCACAAAUGUUAAGAGAAUUUGAUCAUGGUUUUACUGCAAAAAAAAAUCUUUAUUUAGUUGCAAUGGAUGAACAAUAUGUUAUUGCUAUUGAUGCUGAAGUAUUGAAAUCAUAUGAUAUAGAAUAUCCAUAUCAAAAAUUUUCAUUAGAAGAUGUAUUUAGUUGUAACGCCGCAAGAUCACCGGCAAUUUAUCCAACAUUAUAUCCACCAGGAUCACAGCCACAAUCACCACAACAUGAAUCAAUUGAUUUGCCUGAAUCUGGUACUGAUAGUCAAACAUGGUUAUUUACACCAACAGUAUGGUUAAUUAUUGUUAGUUUGAAUUUUGUUCUAGUCAUAUUGAGUGGAUCAUUAUGUUUAUUAUAUGUAUCAAGACGAAAACUUCGUGCAAGACAUGGUGAUAGAGGUGGAGUUGGUGCAUUAUGGUCAUCAUUAUCAUCAUCAUCAGCAACAUCCGCAGGUUCUUCAGUAUCAAGAGGAUCAUCAAUAUCAGCAUCAGGCAUAAGUAGUUCAUCAGCAUCAUCAUCAAGAGCAUCAAGAGCAUCAUCAUCAUCAACAUCAUCAUCAUCAACAUCAGGAAUAAGUAGUAGUACUACUGGUGCAUUUUCAUCUACAUCCAAAGCUGGUAGUGGAAUAUCAUCAAUAUCAGGUGCACAAUCAUCAACAGCAGCAUCAGGAUUUGGGUCAAAAACGAGUGGUGGUAAAGGAAAAUUCCGUAAGAAAAAACAUGGUAAAAAGAAAAAAUAUAAGGUAUCAACAUUUGGAGGAUCGAAAUUUUCAAAAUCAAGCGCUAUAUCAUCAGCAAUGUCAUCUAAAUCAUCAUUAACGAAAAAAGGUUCAAAAAUCAAAUGGAAACAAUCAUCAUCACCGAAAAAAGGUUUCUAUAAGAAAAAGAUUAAAAUUAAAAAAUUUAAAAUGAAAAGAUAAGAAAGAACAAAUUCCUGUUGAAAAAAAAAUCAAAAUUUUAAACAAUUGGAAAAACAAGACCAACCGUCGAACCCCGACCACACGCACACAAACAAACAAAAUUAUCCAUUUUGAUUCAGGAGAAAGAAAUAUUCAUAAAAAAAAUUAUCUCAUAAUUAUUUAAUUUGAAAAAAAAGAACAGCAA